AUGGAGCCGCGGAAGCGGAGCGGCACCUGGCAGCACGGCGAGGGGACGGCCUCAGGCAAGCCGCUGCGCAAACGUGCCCAGUCGUUGGAACUGCGGCGCGCACGCCCUGAGGGCAGGAGCUCUGUCACCGUCCAGCUCACUGUAGGGCUGAGUGCUACUUCCAUUAGCAUAGAUGUGGAGAGCGCCACCACAGUGGAAAAGCUCCGCAGGAAGGUGGAGGAAGCAACGGGUAUCUCCCAGCGGGCACAGAUGCUGACUGUGGAUCAGCGGCCUUUAUCCAGUGAUGCCAACCCCAAGCUGCUGUGCGAAGUCGCACCGGAGGUGUUUCACCCGGACAGUGUGGUAGACCUGGAGGUUACAGUUUUGCGACGCUGUUCUCAAGCACAGGCUCAAUGGCUGGAUAUGCUGGAGCAAGGCGAUGAAGCAGCCCGCUCGGGUCUCUUCUCUGGAGUGGCCCGGGAGCUACAGGAGGUCUGCGACUUCACGCGUCUCUCGCGGUUUCGGCAUGUGCUCCAAGAGCACAUGAUGAACGACGCCCACAGAUACGCGUAUCACCGUCUUCGUGUUCACCUUCACCAAGAACGAUUUCCAUUCGGAGCCCACAUGUUUAGUGGCGACGUCUGCACAUGGCUCCAGCAGGAUGAGAAUUUCCUUCUGAUGGCCCUGGAGAUCAACACCCCGGCUGCGGAAGUACAGACACCGAUCCUGUUGUAUGGAGCCAGGGAGCAAAUCCAGAAGAAUCUGGACCUAGCGAAGCAGCUGGCGGGCAACUCGCGGGUAGACCCCCUGGUGCUCGCCGAUGUGGCGCCGCAGGUGCUCAAUGACCGAGAGUUCUUGCUCAUUGCGGCGACGAGGAGUGGUGCCAUCCUGCAAUUGGCGCCGCCUGAGCUGCAGCAGGACCUUGAGCUGGUGCGGGCGUGCGUCUCCCAGUCAGGGAGCGCCUUGAGGUUCGUGGCGCCAGAGCUGAAGGCGAACAAGGACAUUGUGCUCCAGGCCGUGAGCUCCACGGGCCUGGCGCUGGAGCACGUGGCCCGGGACCUCCGGGAUGACUCCGAGGUGGUGCGACGCGCAGUGCAAACCACGGGCCUGGCCUUGGAGUUCGCCUCCGACAGGCUGCACGGGGACCGCGGCGUGGUGCUGGCCGCUGUGGGCCAAGAUGGCUGCGCCAUCCAGUUCGCAGCGCCGCAGCUGAGAGAUGACAGCGAGGUCGUGAAGCAAGCGGUGCAGGCGUCAGGCCAAGCUCUGAAACACGUGUCCGAGCGGCUGCGCAACCACCGAGAGGUGGUUGUGCUGGCGGCCAAGCAGCACCCGCAGUCCUUGCAGUACGCCUCGACGAUGCUGAGAUCCGACCUCAGCACCGUGAUGGAUGCUGUGAGCGCUUCCUUUAAGGCCUUCGAGUUUGCCAGCGACGUGUUGCAGGAGAACCUCGAGGUGAUCCGCUGCGCGGCGCGGCAGCUCCUGGCCUCCCACGGCAUCUUCGUGGCCGCGGACGAGCAGCUCCCCAGCGCCAUCGAAGCCAAUGUCUUGCUGGUCUCCAAGGAGUCGGGGGUGCAUCUGCUAGCUGCUUUGCAGACGGGGCUCCUUACGAGCCGUUCCUUUGGAAUGGCCGUGGUGAGGAACGACCCGCAGAUGUACCGGAAGUUGGAGGCGCACGUGAAAGCCGACAAGGAGGUGUCCCUGGAAGCUGUGCGCCGCCUUCCGGAGCUGUUCCUAGACCUGCCCUUUCUGAGCCGCAGCGAUUUGGAUAUCCAGGUGGCCGCAGUUGGUCAGAAGCCCGAGAUGAUUAGCUUCGUGCUGAAGACAGAUGUCCAUCGAGUUCUAGAUGCACUGAAGGUGCAGAAGGAGAAGAAGCCGAAGGUGGAGUGGCCCUCGGGCGCUGUGGCCACAACCGCAAACUGA